AUUCUAAUCGUUUAUUUGUUACAGUAUGUGUAAUAAAAUUUCUUGUCUUGUUACGUGAACGCACUUAAGCGCCAAAUCUCUGUUGCCGCACUGCGCAUGCGCCUACGGCCCCUCCUGCAUCUGGUCUCGAGAAUGCGUGCGCAUCACGCCGCGUAACAAUUGAAAUACGAAAGAGAAGACAGUCGCGAUCCGAAGUUGAUCAUGUAGAUAUUCCAAAAACGUCCGAUCGCAAGGUGAUUUCGCGUACAAAGUGGACAAAAAGGAACGAGUGUCGAUUGAAAACGGGAGUGCAGUUCGCAAUGAGACAUAUUUGAACCGUGUGAACCAGUGGCUAUCGUUAAUUAGUCGCGAGUUCUUCAUCACCGAUAAUCCCAAGCUUUUCUUUUUUCUUUUUUUUUUUCUUUUUUGGAGAAACGCGAGCUCGUGCAUCGAUGAAACGUUCAAAAUCCUUGAAAAAUUACUUUCAUAUUGACGUUAGGACAUCGUGAUGAAAGUUGGAAGUUAUUUUACGAUUAAUAGCUGCGUUUCGACGAUCGCGGAAUAAUUGGUGAUAAUAAUCUCGUCGAAAUCGAGAUACUGGGAGAAGUAAGCAUGAUUGGGCCGUCUUCUGGCACGGGCAGUGUCCCGGAGCACGAGUUAUCGGACAACCAGUCCCGUGUCGGGAAGAAACGCAUCUUCGAGGAUCUGGAUAUCGAGAGCUUCUGCGAGGAGGUCCAGAACGGUCACAAACGGUAUCAGUACCAAGAAAUCGAGGCUCCAAUGGAAGUAGUCGCCUCCAACCAAGUAAUAGGAGACACCGCGGCUCUAUUUUCUCCGUUAUCGGCCCGGGAAGCCGUCGACGAGUGUCCAGUCGCUCGAUUGGAAGUACUUCUCGUGGACGGCACUAAUUGCACCUGGACAACCGUCUCGGAGCUAGAAUCCCAGCAAAACAUUGUCGAUAUCGCGGCUUCACCCACCACAUCCUCCUCGUCGUCCGAACACAGGCAAGAACAAGUAAUUCAAGAGAUCCAAAUCGAGGAAACGAGCUAUCCUAUUGGCUCUGACUAUUGGGAGCCAGUUGUUACCGUUCCAUCGUCUAACAUGCAACAGGGCAAGACCGAUGUGUCUUCUAGUAAUCAUCAACAGCAACAAUUUGACGAUCAGGAGACUGGAAACCUUUCCUGGUUGCUGGAUUUCAAGUUGGAUCCGUUUAUCGAGGCUGCUGACGAAAAGUCCACUGUACCUUCGCCCAAAGAUGUUCACAGUGGAAAUAAGACAAGGGUAAAUGGACGUUCUUAUGGAUCUACUUACGUGAACGACGUGAAAAGGAGUUACAACGAAAACGGAUCGUCACAUCAGGAGUCGAAUCAUAGUUACUCUAGCCUGGAUAAUAGAAAUUUUGCGUCUUCCCGAUGUAACGGCCCAAAGAAGCCGCCUUUCACGUACACAGAGCUUAUCGAACACGCUCUUCGGGAAAGGGGAGAGCUCACGGUGUCAGCUAUUUAUCAGUGGAUCUCAGAACAUUUUCCCUAUUACAAAAGCAAUGACGACCGUUGGAAAAAUUCUGUGCGGCACAACCUCUCCAUAAAUCCCCACUUCAGGAAGGGAUCAAAGGCACCACAUGGAGCUGGUCACUUAUGGGCCAUCGCGAAUCGCUCAGGAGAUCCUAGACCUAGACAAUCCAUUAACAAUUUUAACGCUAAUUCUUCCAUAAAGCAAAUGAGUAAGAACACUGUCGAAGUUGAAAAUCUGAGGAAGAACAUCAGUGAAAUGAAUCCAAUAGAUGAAGUAGAAGCGGCAACUGCUAGCAUUACACAACAGUCUUCAGAAGAAGAGGCUGAUAAUGUAGUGAAUUCUGUGACGCUAGAACACUGUGCUGAAGAAAUCCUUAGUGGUAUCAAGAAGGAAGUAGAGGUACAAUAUCUUGUACCUAUGAUAGUCUCCAACAAUGAACAUGGAUCAACCCAAUCCAAUCAACAAACACAGGAGCUUCAUUAUCCUGUGAAAGAGAGUGAUUUCCUUAACCCAGUAUCAAAGGAAGUGGUUGCAGAAGAAUGUGGACUUAUCAGUGAAGGUUAUCUAGUCACAGACCUAAAUCCCACUACUUUGGGCCUGAACAUGGUUGAACCAGAAAUCAUUACACCUGAAAAUCUUUUCGGAGAGGAGUUAAGUUUCCAGUUUUAUGAAUUGUCAUCUCCAUCGCAAAUUCAAUCUGCCUGACACAUGGGGAAAAACAAGUUGCGAUUAAUUGUCAUCGACGAGCUGCACGUACAAAAUAAUCAGGACUGCGAUCAAGUGGAAAACGGAGAAGAUAUUCAUAGUGGUAUCGAUGAAAAGGAAUUUCAAGAAUCGAUGGUUAAAAGCUGAUUUUUUUCGACAGUGCUACAGCAAGUCUCAUAUGAUAAUCAGAGCAAAAAUGGUUAUUACAUUCCUUUGAAGAUUCUCGAAACCUAUGAGUGAGCAAAGUUGAAUAAAAUGCAGCAUAUUAUUGCUCCAAUUGUGCCUGGAUAUGUGUC